AUGCAUCAAAUGCUCAUCGGUCGCUCCCGACCAGUCGUCGGCAACAUCAGCCAGAGACUGCAGUCGGCGGACCCUACCCAACGACGACGACAUAUCAUGCGGUCGGAUACCUAUCGCAAGGAUAGCUCAGAACCUGGCCAUAUCCCCGUCAGCUCCUUACGCGUGCACGGCGCCGCCUGGGCCGUGGCUGGCGCCAGCAUGUACGCUACCCUGCAUGGGGUCUACAUGAUGCUCAAGUCCUUCCGGCAGAUUCGCUACAUCUAA